GUUCUUCCGCUAGCGACAGGAGCAGCAGCAUCCUCCUCAUCCUCCUCAUCCUCCUGCCGAAGAUGACGGCGCUGAGGUGCAUCGGCAGCUGCCUGCCGUCAUUCGUCAUGGCGAUCGUCUUCGACAUCAUCGGCGUGGUCCUGCUGUUCGUCGGGAUAUUCGGUGACGUGCGGAUGAACGGCGUGCUCUACGGGGAUUUCCUCAUCCACACCGGCGCGCUGGUCUUGUUCGCCAGCCUGGCCUUGUGGCUCGUGUGGUACGUGGGGAACAUCAGGGUGAAGGAUGAGGGCUUGGAGAGCAGAUCGAGCGCCGCGCACAGCGUCAAAGAGCUCGCGAGGAGGCUCACGAAGAGACUGUCCAGAACACACCUGAAGGACAACACCGGUGAGAAAACAGGAAGCAAAGCUUCCACCGUUCGAAACGUGACAUGGGGGAAGUCCACCUAUUUCCCAGGACUCCAGGAUCUUGAAUCGGAUAUGAUCAAAUGUGAUGAACUAUCCAAAGAAAAACCAGAUGAUGAUCAGUUCAUGUGCUACCAGAAUCAAGGGUACGAGGACGAGGAGUCCUGCAAACCAAUCCAGGAGGAGAGCGUUGACCAGACCCAGUCCGAAGACAGUUCUGAAUCAGAUAGAAAUCAGGAGACAAAGUCUGGAGAUGAUCACUUCACCUGUUACCAGAACGAAACGUAUGAGGAAUCAGAAUCAAAAUCAGCUGCAACCAAAGAUGGUGAAAAACCUCAGGAGGAGAAGCCAGAUGAUCAGCCGGAGAGCACUGAGGAUCUGAUGUGAAAAGAGUUGAGGUCCUAAAACAAUGACUGAAUAACCACGAACCUUCAAUAGUCUUCAAACAUUUGCCAUCAGCAGUACAUAUAGAGAUGCUCAAAUGGUACUAUAGUACUAUAUAUGCGUUAAUAUAGUAAAACACAGCUGUCUGUUGUGUUUCUCUAUACAGGGUUGAAGAUUCUCAAUGGCCUGUUUUUUAUAAAGCAGGGUGGCUAACAUUAUACUCUAAUACGUUGCACAUUACUAAAAAUUUAUCCAAAUUAAUAAUGCUUUGGCAAAAGUUUUGGCAAAUUUGAAAUGGAGAAAUGGAUAUUUUGAUAAUCCCGAAAUAUCCAAAUAUUUUCUGAUAUAUACCCAUUCAGUGUGUGUUGUAAUGUGCACUUGUGUUUUUGUUACUGUGUUGUUGUAAAAUGCUGCUUGGUUUUGCACAUCCUCAUUUGUAAAUUCAUGCAUCAUGCAUUGUAGGAAUCCAUUUCCCUUUCAAAGUGGCAGCUGAGCGCUCAUGCAAACUCCUCCAGAGUCGAGCCAUUUCAUUUUGUUGGUCUUCAGCAGUGACCAAACCAGUCUGACCGCAAAUACAAUGGACUGAUAGUUCAUUCAAGGGACCUGUUGGUUCAUCUUUGCACACAAACAUUUAAUACUGCACCCAGGCCAAAAAAAAUCAAUCAAAUAAAUCAAAUCUAUUUUUUCAAGUAUAUUUUGCUAUAUAUUAUAGUAGUGAGCGAGUUAUGUGAAAAUAACUGUAUGUGGAAAAACUGCAUUUAUGUAAAUAUAAAGCACAUGAUCCUGACAUGCCAGACAAACCCUGACUGUAAAUACUCCCUCUUUCUCUCACAAUACUGUAGCUGUUGUUUUAACCGUUGCAAUAUGAAAUGCAUGUAAACUUAAAGCCCAAGUUUGUAUAAACAAUUAAAUCACAUUUCACUCA